ACCUUCACUACUACAUACCUCUCAACGACACUCAUAUCCCCGCUGAAUACGCCAAAAUGUCCUCCAACGUCGGACUCAGCACUCCGCGCGGCUCAGGAACGUCCGGCUACGUACAAAGCAACAAAGCACACCUCCGAGUCCGCGAUCCCAUCCAGCCCUACCCCAAAGACUUCGAUGCGAUCAAGCACAAGCAACGCCAGCCCGACCAGGAAAUUCUCGAGCACGAUCGCAAACGAGAGGUGGAAGUGAAGGUAUUUGAGUUGAGGGAUAAGUUGGAAGAUGAAGGUGUCGAUGAAGACGAAAUAGACGAUCAGUGCGAUGCGCUCCGCAAAAAGCUGGAAUCUGAGCGAGCAAGGACUGGUGGAGGACCGAAUACGAAGAACCUCAAGAGCCAUCAGGUGCAUGAGUUGGCUAAGGCGAAGAUUGAUGAGAGCGAGAGAUUGCGGAAGGCGCUGGGGAUAAGCAAGGAUUAUGAGGAGGGCAGUCAUUGGAAGCGGCAAGACGAGAGGAAGCUACAGCUGGAGCGGGAGAGGGGUAAACCAGCGGAGUGAAGGGCAUUGUCGACGGACAUGUUGGUCUUAGCGAGGCGUUGGGGUAGUUUGACAUUCAUUAGCCAGCGAUUGAGAAGUCUCGAACAGUUGGCGUAUACUGCUAUA